UAGAAUCAAAGUUUUAGUUCCGCUGACGAAAGUUGAUUCUUGUUUUCCGCUACAAUGGGUGUUAGAUUUUUCGUGAUGGCAUGUGCUUUCUUGCACGUGACCUUUGCUAUGGAUUGCAAGGAAGUUAUGGAAAGACGAGAAGAAAUCAAGGACUGUUGCUCGGCUCCACCAAUUUUGAGCAUGGAUGGCCUUAAGGAAUGUUUCGAAGAGAACAAGGACAAGGAGAAACGUGAAAAAUUCGCGUGCUCCUUCGAGUGCUUCUUCAAGCAUCACAAUGUCCUGGACGAUAACGGUGAACCUUCCAAGGAGAAGCUGCUAGCCAAGGUGGAAGGAUUCGAGGGUGAGUGGAAGCAAACGUCUAUCAAAAUGAUCGAGGUGUUUCGCAAAGCACGAGGAGAUGAAGGCUAACACGGAGGUGGCGAGAAGAAGGAGGGCUGCCACCCUGCGUCUGGUUUCAUGAACAUGUGCCUGGGCAAGAAUUACCUCCAGAAUUGUCCGGCCGCGCAGUGGAAUGAUUCUGAGCUGUGCAACAAGGUGAAGAGUGGAGAAUGUCAUCCCAAGAAGGGAGGCAAGGGUGGACCACCCCCAGAGUAAGGCAAACGCUGUCGGACACUUUAAAUAUUUUUGGAAACUAUAAUUCGAAAUCUGUACAUUAUCAAAGAUACAGAUGAUAAAAUAAACAAAUAUCAAUGGUUCAUUAUGACUAAA